UAUCCCCGACCAACCAUUUGAGCCCUUGUAACUGAACCGAAGCAGAGAAAGCAGUGAUGGAAACCUGUUCCUAUCCAAGACCACAUCCCUUAUCCUCACUCUCUUCAACUUCACUAAGCUCAUCAAAACACCUUCUUCAACUCCCAAUCUUAACACCAACAUAUAGGAACCAAUCUCGUCAACCACAAUUUACCUCAAUCUCUGCAACUCUAAAUACUCCAAGAGGCUUCGGACCAUCCCCAAAAAAGGCCAAGAAGACCAAGAUACCAAAGAAAGACUAUGAUGAAGAGGAAGAUGAUGAUGAUGAUGAUGAAGAGGAAGAAGAUCGAGAAGAAGGCAUUAUACCAGAGAUAGUCACCAACAGAAUGAUGAGCAGAAUGGGAUUUUCAGUGGGUGUCCCUUUGUUUAUAGGGCUAUUGUUCUUCCCAUUCUUUUACUACUUGAAAGUUGGGUUGAAGAUAGAUGUGCCCACUUGGAUACCCUUUAUUGUAUCAUUCAUCUUCUUUGGGACAGCCCUUUUGGGGGUUAGCUAUGGGAUUGUGUCAUCCAGUUGGGAUCCUUUGAGAGAAGGGUCAUUCUUGGGUUGGAAUGAAGCUCAGAAGAAUUGGCCUGUGUUCUGGCAGUCAAUUUGGGGUGGUGGAUCAAAGAAGAAGAAGUAGAACUUGUACAAUCUGCUGUUAUUGCAUAAUCAUUCAUCAACAAUUAAUGCCCCUUUUCUGGGAAUGACUUGCCUAAAUUUUGAUGAUUGCCUUUUCUACAUUUCUUUAGUUCAUAUACUCCACAACACAAGACCCCAUUUAUUUUCCCCUACAUAUAAUGGCUUCGCUGUUUGUAGUUGUUGCCAUUGA